AUGGCCAUGUCAACGUCGUGCUGCCUGAAGAGCUUCGCGUGGGAAGGCACACCCAGCGGACGGGUCGACAAGCUCGGCGCCAUCGAUUGCUACGUGGCCGGCGGCGACAACCACGACAAGCCAGCGAUCCUCUUCAUCCACGACGCACUGGGAUGGACGUUCCCCAACGCACGGCUGCUGGCGGACCACUACGCCCACGAGGCCGACGCCACCGUGUACGUGCCGGACUUCUUCGGGGGAGAGGCGCUGCCCUUCGAGCCGAUCCUGGCGGGACGGUUCCACGAGGUGGACUUUGCGGGAUUCCUGGGCCGCAACACGCGCGAGAUUCGCGAGCCCGAGAUCUUCGACGCCGCACGCCUGCUGCGCGAGCGCCACAAGAAUGUCGGCGCCGUCGGGUUCUGCUACGGCGGCUGGGCGUGUCUGCGCCUGGGCGCGAAGCAGCACAAUCAGCACCGGCUGGUGGACUGUGUCUCGAUUGGCCACCCGAGCCUCCUCACCAAGAGGGACAUCGACGAGGUCGCCGUGCCCGUGCAGAUGUUGGCGCCCGAACACGACCCGGUAUACACGGCCGAGCUGAAGAUGCAUACCUUCCAGACACUUCCCAAUGCGGGCGUCUACUUCGACUACCUCCACCUGCCGGGCAUGGAGCAUGGGUGUCUGGUGCGAGGAGACCCCAAGGUGCUCGGGGAGAGGGAGGCCAUGGCCCGGGCUAAGAACGCCGCCGUGGGCUGGUUCAGGAUGUUCUUGCAUGAGAAUUGA